AGCGUCGACCUCGUACACUGUACAAGCACUUGUACUUUUACAAGCAAUCAACAAGUUUUUCACAAGUCACUCGAUCUAUCACAGUGCAGCACAGAGAUGCCCUAUUCGACUCUGUCAUGACCUGUGAUCUACAGUAGGGAAUAAUGAAGCCAACACCAACACACCACCAGGAGCCAUUGAUGGUGGCUCUGCGUGUUCGUCCAAUGAACUCAUCAGAAAACAAGGCUGGAGCGAAGCAAAUUGCAUUCGCUGUGGACAAACAUCUUGUUGUUCUGAUGGAUCCAAACGAUGACAAUGAUGAUAUAUUGAGAGCCAACAGAUCACGCGAGAAGAAGUAUAUAUUUGACCAAACUUUCAAUCAACAUUCAACUCAGAGCGAUAUCUACGAUGCCACAGUGAAGGCUAAGAGCAUGGUAGAGCGUGUGCUGAAUGGAUAUAACUGCACUGUGUUUGCAUAUGGUGCUACUGGUGCUGGGAAGACACACACAAUGUUAGGUACAGUCAGAGAGCCUGGUAUAAUGAUGCUCACUCUCAAUGACCUCUACACAAAGAUAGAGGAGACAAAGGACGAGAUGACGUACAGAGUAUCAAUGGCCUACGUUGAGAUUUAUAAUGAAACAGUACGAGACCUACUGAAGGGUGGUCAGGUAUUGGACCUGCGUGAUGACAGCAAGGGGGAAGUCACUAUCAGUGGACUAUUGGACCUUGAGACCCACUCCACCUCUGAUAUCAUGGCACUACUCAGCCGGGGUAACCAGCUCAGGACAAGUGAACCCACUGCCGCUAAUAACACAUCCUCUCGUUCUCAUGCACUGCUCAAGGUGUCUGUUGAACAGAGGAGCAAGACAAUGAAUGUGAAGCAAGAGGUGAAGAGCAGUGUACUGUUCAUGGUAGACCUGGCUGGCUCAGAGAGAGCUGCAGUCACUCAGAAUCGUGGCAUGCGUAUGAUAGAGGGUGCCCACAUCAACCGCUCACUGCUGGCCCUGGCUAACUGUAUCAACGCUCUCACUACUGGCCACAGUCACUUUGUCAAUUAUCGAGACUCUAAACUCACUCGACUGCUCAAAGAAGCUUUGGGUGGGAACUGUAUGACAGUCAUGAUUGCACACAUUAGUCCUUCCUCUACCUUGUUUGAGGAGUCUAGGAACACCUUGGUCUACGCUGAGAGAACCAAGAGAAUCAAGAAUAAGACCCGUCAGAACAUAGUGGAUGUCAACUAUCAUGUGACUGAGUAUAAGCAUAUGAUAGACAGUCUCAACCUUCAAGUGAAGACCUUGCAGAGGGAGCUCACUAGACCACACCCCCUCUCACACGACCCCAAGGUCACUGCAUUAUACCAGCAGCUCAAAACUUGCUCUCAGGAGGAGAAGGAAAUGAGGAAAGAGGUUCUGUUUCUUGAAUACCAUCUCCUUCAAAAUGCUGUAGAGUAUCAGAAACACUUGGCCUCCACCAAAGAGUGGGAGCAAAGACGCCUCUCUAUGUCCAACCUCCCCACUUCCCUGUCAACCAUUGAACUAUCCACUACUGCCAGCAGCCAAGAACACAAAGACACUAAUACGGAAGAGGCACAUAAACCGAGGGAGAUGGAAAUUUCUACGGAGGAACAGUUUAGCGAUGCGUACGUUGAGAGCUCUGGGCCAACAUCACGUAACGAGCAAAGUGAACCAUUAUAUUCAAGACCUAGCUCUGCUGAGGACAAUAAUGUCAAGUCACCCGUAAAGUCAAAAUCACCGUUAUUUCUACCGCCACUUAGACCAAACGUAGUUGCCGUGGAAGAGAUUAUCACACCCCCUGACUCUGGUCCUUGUACAGAGGUGCCUGCUGCUGAGAUGGAGCCAGAGUGGGUGUCCAGAGCACGAGAGGAAAUGGCAGUACUGAUGGCAGACAAGCAACGUAUGGAGGACGAGCAUCACAAGCUGCAGAAGAAGCAUGAACAGAGCAUGGUCAAGAUGACAAGAGUGAAACAGACCAUCUCCAACUACCCUGGUCUCCAGCCAUCUCUUAAGCUGAUGGAUAUCCUCUCUCAGUCCUGUCAAUCUGAUGCCAGUGCAGUGGAUCAUAGUGUAGCUGCUUCCCUAAUGAGUAUUCAACUUGGUCAUCACGAGUCACUCAUCCAACAGCUGCUAACCCACAGCUCUGCUCUGCUGGAGGUAGUGGGGGCGUUACAUACAGCUAUAGGGGAAAGGGGUGUGGCACUUCCAGAGGACGUGGGAUCAAAGGUCAAGGAGUUAGGUGAUAGACAGAGGGAGUUAAGAGCACAAGUACAGGCCGAGCAACAGAUGCCACUCAUCAGCAGGAAGAUGGAGAUUCCAUAUCUUGCCAAGAUGUCUGCUAAACUGUACAGCUCAGUCACAGGCUCCAAGUCCAACCACCUCCUUGUUGACGAGAGCAUACCUGACGACACUGACCCUGUAGUCUCACUGAGUAAUGCACAGAUACUCUCCACUCAGCCGUCCCUCCAAUCUCCAAUUAUAGACAGUCUUCCAAUAUUACCCUCCCUCUCGACCCUAGCUUCGAUGUCUCAAUUGAUCCCAUCCUUCCUUCAGCUCAGUAGCUCAUCUCUGGUCCACCAUGUCAGGCGAUUAUCCCUCCCCAUUAGUAUCGAGACACCACUUGCCACCAGUUCACUAGCUACAGACAACAAGAGGAACUCUAUUGGAGUUACUAAACCUCUCUCUGAUUCUUCACUCCAUCACAUUCUACAAGCGGCCAAAGCAAAGAGAAAUGACGGCAAAGCUUCGGUUGUUGCUAUAAACAAUAUUCCCCCUAGACUAGUGCUGAACAGAGUAGUGCCAUUAUCCAACGCUGCGUCCAUUCCCACACGUUCUACGGCUAAGAGGAAGUAUACAGUCCACACAUCAAUAUCACGCGAUGGGAAGGGCCCCUCUUGUGGUAUACAGCAAUCAACAACACUCAGGAAUAAAUUCUCUGGCACUAAGUUGAUGAUGAAAAAACUACCCAUGGAUCAAUUGGUGACUGUAAUGCAAUCAAAGCGUAAAUCCGAUGUGGGUGUCAAAGAACAUACAUUUAGAAUACCACGAACAAGUAGACAUAAACUCAAGCCCAUGUCCACAAGAAAACCAUCUCAACCUAAAAUCACAGGCUCUUUGUCGGAUGAAUCGCUGACUCUGCUUCAGUCCAAUAAGAAAUUGCCUCAAGUGUCCCAACCAAACAAUGGUAGAAUGUACAGGAAACCACUACCACUUCCCACACAUAAGGUGUUGCUAGGUGGAAAGUUUACCAACUCUCCCUAUUGUUCACCAGUGAGAGCUGCCAUUCACAAUCACCAUGGAUUACCCAAUAAAAGUCAAGAAAACAGAAAGAACGCUUGGAAAUAAAUAAUGUCUUAAUUGUUUGUGUAUAAAAUGCUUUUAAGUUUGUAUUAAUUAAGUUUGUAUUAAUGCAUUAAUGUUUUUCGCUAAUUA